GGUGCUGUGAGGUAAAAAGCUGUGGUGCUGUGAGGUGCGGUGCAACUGAACGCAGUGGGAACGCACUGCCAAACACCCACAAUAUCUAUAGUCUUCUUCCUUGUUUGUACUCUUGUUUUCUUAACCUCAUCCUUCUCUAGUACUUUAAACAACUCUUUAUUGAGAGUGGGACAAUUGCAUCAAUCUUGUUGAUGGAAUUCCCAAUGAUGGGACAUGAUGAUUGAGUAAAUAACCAUUUAUGGGUCAUGUUUAUUCCCUUCCCCACAUCAUUAAAAAAGGUUUACUACAGUUGCCACUGAUGACUGAACUGUGAACCUCUGAAGGGGAUCUUUAACUAAAGUGCCACAGAUUUGUUCAUAUCAUUUCUACUUUGAAAAGUACAUUGCUUAAUGCCAGCCUCGAGAUGCAGUGACGAAUUUGGAUUUAUUAUUCUCAAAGCUGAUUGAGAAGUUACUGUGAGAAAGAAAUUGUUCUUAGCGCAUUAUUUGGAAGUUUGUUCACCCGUUUAUCAAUUUAGUAGGGCAAGCUGGACUUUGAGUUCAGGACCUCAGGUUCUUGAUCAAUGGGAAAUUGCUUGAUAUGAAUAUUUUUAGUAUGUGAGAGUGAGACCAUCUUGUUUUGUUUAUGUUGGUUUUUGUUUUUUAAACUUACAUCACUUGUUUUGUGUAGUUCAGAUUCAGUUUAGCAGCAUAGUUGUAGAACAUUUCAAUGUGAAUAUUCUUAUUCUACAAAAGCGCUUUCCAGUUCUUCAAGAUUCAUUGCUUGAGAACGAAAGUAUUCAAAGGCUGAGAACUGUCUUCUUUCUCUAAAGGACUUGAGUAGCAUAUUCUUUGGUAACAAUUCUUAUUGUAUUUUCAAAUUCUUGCUGUCUAGUUUAGAUGUUUUUCAUGCCUUAGUAUUUCUGCUGCAAGCAAUGUUGCACUUAUUUGUUUGUUAGUUCCCUGGUUAAAUUGACGUUUUUAUAUCUCUUUUUUUUAUUGGGUGGAUCCCUGCAGUCGUAUUUAGACAUUCCGAUACAAUUUAUACCUCACUUGGAAAAACCGGGACUGGUGAAACUGUGAAAGUGCUUAAGACAGAUAUUGCUUAUUACUUCUGUGACUUUCUAUUUAAUGCUUGACUCUUUAAAUUUUUCUUCAACUUAUAGAGUUGGGUCUAAAGCUUUUUUUUCUCAAGAAAUGAAGAUAAUUUCCUACAAACAAAAAUUCUCCUUUGUUUUUCUUUUCGGAUUUUGCUGGACCAAUAAUGCUUACUUCCUCAAUAUUCAUUUGCUUUGAAAACUGAGUACGCAUUUUAGAGUUCUUAUUUUCUUUUGGAGGGUUGUAGUGAGGUCCACAUGGUAGGUGCAUGAAAAUGCACAAAUCAAAGCAAAGAAAAAGAGCUAGAAUGGACCCAUAUAAGAUAUACUAAAGCAACAAGGGUAACAAACUUUUCUGUCUUGUUGCUUAUGCUCUCUCUCUCUCUCUCUCUCAACAUUCCAAUCUUCACCUUCAAAUAGGACAAACCAAUCCCCUUAAAUAGGACCUUCCACUCCUUACCCGCCAAGCUUAGAUUUACCAAAAAAAUACUUGUCUGCCCUGCUCACUCACCCCUUUCUUUGUUCCUGGUAUACUCAUCUUCAGAAAGCUGAUUAUGCACGUUUCUUCUCUUCACAUUAACAUGGCUGUUGUGACUUCUUUCAUUGACACCAUCAAUGGCUUGCAAUUAUCCUUUAGCUUAAAGUUGUAGAAGCAGAAGAGGGAAACAGGAAGUACUAUGGGGAGAGGCAGCAGGGUUCCGAGGGUUCUUUUUGGAGCUUCUGUAUUAGUGGGAGUCAUUUGGUUACUUUGUGUUGGAAUAAUAACAGAUAAUGGUAUUGUAGCGAUGAUGACUAUGACAACACCACCAACUGGUGAUUUUGAGCAUCUGAGUUUGACUGGAAGGGAGAUUAAUCCUGGUGGUCGUCGUCAUAAUCUGGAUUUCCAUUUCGUGAGCAAGAGAAAAGUACCUAACGGUCCUGAUCCUAUCCACAACAGGAGAGCAGGCAAGUUUAGGCAACCCCCUGGUCGAGCCUAAAAAGUGCCAAGGAGACCAUGGAAAGCCUCAAACUACUGAAGAAAGCAAUGUGUGAGGUGAUUUGUUAAAUGUUUUAAUUAAUUCCCUGUCAACCACUAGAAAAUUUUUGGUUGAAAAUGUGUUAGAGGGCACAUAUUUUCUUUGUCAGUUAAUGGUGAUCAUGCCAUUCUUGCAGCUUCUAUGGUAUUCACUUGUUCUGUUAUACAUUUUUUUUAAAUAUAGUUCCCCCUCCAUAAUGAUUUUGAGAGAGAGAGAAAGCUUCAUGGAUAGGGUUCACUUUGCAUGAAAAUACUCUACCAAGCAGGCAUUGUAAGGGUAUGAAUUCCAAGAAAGCUUCUUCUGGUCUCCGUACAAGAUGAGUAACUAAAGCUUGUUAUGUGUAUAAAACUACAAUAAAUUACUAAAUUUGCCUUUUUUUCUUGAAUUAUUUCUUGUUCUUUUUCAUCUUAUGUUCCCCUUUCCCCAGUAAAGCAAUACCCACCAAUCAUAAAGCAUCUCCAUGUCUCUGAAUACCUUUGACUGAUGCUACAGUGCUGUAAUGUACUAGAUUUUGCUCUCAACUUAAAGCACUGCAAGUAUAAUAUCCUGCUGAUCUUCAGGACAAGUUGAUUCACUCAGUAUUAUGUUUUCUUUUGAUUUCUCACUUAAGAAAGGGUGGCCACAGCUGCUUUUUCUUUCACUUUUUUUUCUCUCUCUCUACUUUCCUUCUUUUUCUGGUUUGAUUUUGAUUAGUUCGAGAAGCGAAGACUGGGUCCAUGGUAACUGAGAUGCAGAAUAAGGACUCUUUUUUGGAGUAAAAUC